UUAGCGGCUGGUAUCUUUCAGGAGCGGCUGUUAUGAUAGGAUAGCCUUAGCAAACCUCUCAGUCUUACGAUUUUAUUCCCGUUUUCAGCGCUUGUUCUACUCCAGCCUGUAGGUUUCAUUAUGGACAACAACACACAGUCCAAAGACAGCACGGACCGGUCCGACCUGGUUUCUGUGGACGGUAAGAACAGCAAGUCUGUGCUGUGCCAGCGCUGUGGGUCUAAAGUCCUGUGCCCGGGGAUGGCUGUGUUUGCAGAGAAAGAGCUGUUCCUACCCUCCAUGCGGAAAAAGAGUGGCCUCAGCUCCACAGACGGCUCGGUGGAUGGGGACACUCUGACUGCCCAUUGGUUCGUGGACGACAUGUACACUUUUGAGAAUGUGGGCUUCACGAAGGAUGUGGGGAGAAUUAAGUAUCUGAUCUGCGCAGAUUGUGAGAUUGGACCUAUUGGCUGGCACUGUUUGGAUGACAAGAAAAGUUUCUUUGUUGCACUGGAAAGGGUGAAUCAUGCAUAGUGUAAGUGCAUAUGUGAUUCCAUGAGACCUUGGCAGGCUAUGCAUCUUUCUGUGGAUUUACUCCCAGUGUUGACCCCCAACAAACAUAAUCCAUCACACACAGUGACAAUGGUGUGGCCAUUCUAAUAAAAUUCUUUUGUUUUUGUUUUUUCUGGGAGGAUUUGAUGAAACUUCAUCCUGUAACUGUUUUCAGAGGAAUAUGAUGUUAGUUUAUUUAACCCAUGUAAAAUGACAUGUAAUGUAAUCUUAUCAGAGAAAGAGUUGUCGGUGAGGAUUCCAUAAAGACUAAGUGCUCAGUGAUGUACGUUGCUGCUUGUAAAGCUAUUCAUGUAAAUGCAUCUGAAGAAGCAUUUACAUGAAUAAUAAGACAUUAUGCUUAUGCAUAUUCAUACCCAUGCCUACAUAGUGUAUGUACAAGUCCAUAGACAGUUAUUUACUAGACCAAACAUAAGUGUCAUCAGACUGUUUAAGAUAGUCCUGUUGUAAGUGUAUAAACAGCACACAGGCCAUAAGUGUUAAAUGCAGUCUCACCAGACUUUGUAGUAACAUAAAUCAGAUUGGUGCCUUGUGACCUGAGAUCUAAAAUAGCCGUAUGAAAGUAUUACACUUGAGUACUCAAACAUUUAGUCUAUCAUCACUAAUUUAGUGAAAGCUGUUGAUGACUGAUUUCAGGCUUCUCCAAUGAGGGUGUGUUGGGUAUUUCUUUUUUUUCAUGUCUAACAACAAACCAUUUGAAGUUCACUCAUGGAUAACACACGUCCUGAUAACUUUGAUUAUGUGGACAAUUUUAAUAGGAAUUUUCAAUUCUGGUCAAAAAAAAUGGCAUCCCUUUACGGUGUGUCUGUAAGGUUAUAUAUUUGUGUAUGUUUCUUUUGUAAAAUACAUCUUUCAAUGUAAAAAACUGUAGAUGCUUGCUACACACCAUUAACAUCCUGUAAGAGAAAAACAAAUCUUGAAAAAAGUUUUCAAUUCUGCAUUCCAAAGUCCCAGAGAGUUGCUUAUACGGUCCUUGUUUGUGUUUUCCCUUAAAAUACAGGUAGUGCUAAACUAAGUGCUUACAACCAAUACAUUUGUUGUAGUUUUAUGGUCAAAAUGGUGUAAUUUAAGAUUUUUUUAUUUUUUUUUAUUUGGGUGUACUGCAAAAAGCUCCACCCUCUCUAAGCCAAUAGCUGUGGUGUUAGUCAGCUGACAACAGUAAGUGGUGAUGGGGGAUUGUUUCUCUUCUGUUGUGUUUUGGGCUGAUUGAAAAGGAAUAUUACAUUAAGUGCAACUAAUAAAUGGCCGUGGGUGGAAAUUCAGGACACUCUGGUUUAUGUAGUACUACUUAACCUAAUAUGUACUUGCCAUCAUUAAAAGACUAUUUAAACUGUA